CAGGGAAGGCGGUGCGGAUAAAGGCUCGGGGCCGCUCGUUUUGCCCCAGAUCUACCCCGCCACCGCGCACUCGUGCAGAACGUGGGUACACUCGACUGUUGGGACCUCGGUGUGGCGCGCCCGAUUCUCGGAGCGGCGGCGGCGGCUGUUACUAAGGGAAGGGGACGCGCCGGGAAGCGCGGCCUGAGAGGCAGACAGCACCGAGCGCUGCCGGCCAGGGGCGCCCCUUCCUCCGGGACCCUCCCCCGGAACUGCCGCGUCUCGGUCGCCGCCCCCCGCCCUUGAAAGGAGCCGUGAGUGCUAUUCUCCACCCCCGGAAGGCGCCCCGACGAGCCGACGCGACGCCGGAGAGCCCCCGGAUUUUUUAUUUCUGACUCUUCAUCUGUUUCUGGGACCUCUCGAAGGGGACGCGCACUGUCCUCCGCCCCCAGGAGCCCCGAAGACCCCGGUUCGGGGAGCACCCGCCCUGCCCGGAGGCGCGGCGAGGAUUGGUGGCGCCUCGCGAACCCCAGCCCCCCAGCGCGGGCCGGGGAUGGAGCCGCAGCCCGGCGGUGCCCGGAGCUGCCGGCGCGGGGCCCCCGGUGGUGCCUGCGAACUGGGCCCCGCGGCCGAGGCGGCGCCCAUGAGCCUGGCCAUUCACAGCACGACGGGCACCCGCUACGAGCUGUCGGUGCCCCCAGACGAGACGGUGGAAGGGCUGCGCAAGCGGCUGUCCCAGCGCCUCAAAGUGCCCAAGGAGCGCCUGGCGCUGCUCCACAAGGACACCCGGCUCAGUUCGGGGAAGCUGCAGGAGUUCGGCGUGGGGGAUGGCAGCAAGCUGACUCUCGUGCCCACCGUGGAGGCGGGCCUCAUGUCUCAGGCCUCAAGGCCAGAACAGUCUGUGAUGCAGGCCCUGGAGAGCUUGACAGAGACCCAGCCCCCAGCGGCACCCGGGCCGGGCCGGCCUGACGGAGGCGGCUUCCGGAAAUACCGAUUCAUUUUAUUUAAGCGUCCGUGGCACCGACAGGGACCCCAGAGCCCAGAGAGGGGCGGCGAGAGGCCCCAGGUCAGUGACUUCUUGUCUGGCCGCUCACCACUGACACUGGCUCUUCGAGUGGGUGACCACAUGAUGUUCGUCCAGCUUCAGCUCGCUGCCCAGCACGCCCCGCUACAGCACCGCCAUGUGUUGGCUGCUGCAGCCGCUGCAGCAGCUGCUGCCCGCGGGGACCCCAGCAUGACCACCCCCGUGUCCUCUCCCUGCCGGCCAGUGUCCAGUGCUGCCCGUGUCCCCCCAGUGCCCAAUAGCCCUGCCCCUGCAUCCCCCUCACCUGUCACAGCCGGCUCUUUCCGAUCCCACUCAGCCCCCAGCACAUGCACUGAGCAGAUGGACUGUUCCUCCUCUGCCAGUGCUGGGGCCAGCCCCACGUCCACCCCUGGGGGCAGCCCCACCUCCCGCUCCCGCAAACCGGGCGCCGUUAUCGAAAGCUUUGUGAACCACGCCCCAGGGGUCUUCUCAGGGACCUUCUCUGGCACGCUGCACCCCAACUGCCAGGACAGCAGCGGACGACCGCGGCGUGACAUUGGCACCAUCCUGCAGAUCCUCAAUGACCUCCUGAGCGCCACGCGGCACUACCAGGGCAUGCCUCCAUCCCUGACCCAGCUGCGCUGCCAUGCCCAGUGCACACCUGCCUCACCUGCCCCAGACCUCACCCCUAAAACUACCUCCUGUGAGAAGCUGGUGGCCUCAGCCUCUGCCUCCCUGAGCCAGGCCCGCAUGGUCAAGCCCCCUGGGGACCGGCUGCGGCAGACGGAAAACCGCGCCACCCGCUGCAAGGUGGAACGCCUGCAGCUGUUGCUUCAGCAGAAACGGCUCCGUAGGAAGGCCCGACGCGAUGCCCGAGGCCCCUACCACUGGCCACCCAGCCGCAAGGUGGGUCGCAGCGACGGUGGCGGCGGCGGUGGUGGCGGCGGUAGCCCCAGCGAGGCCGCCGGCUUGGGCCUUGACUUCGAGGACUCCGUCUGGAAGCCAGAAGUCAACCCAGACAUCAAGUCAGAGUUUGUGGUGGCCUAGGAACCAUGUCUUUUGCCCUGGCCCAGGAUGGCUGAGAGUGUUGCCCAGCGCAGGUGGGCAGGAAGGCAGGCGGUGGGCGCCACAGGAGGCCCCUCCCUCCCUCCCUCCCUGUCCAGAGUCUGGGGUUUUUUAAAAUUUCAUUUCUCACCAUGGUUUUCCAAACUCCGUGGCCUUGCGUUGUGUUCCUGCCUUCUCACCUCCCCACCUCUUCCUCUGUCACCCCGCCCUCCACACCAGGUCCUUCUCCGCCCACCUUCCCAAGCUCCAAAUAUGUAGCAGUCUUUCCAGAUGGUUCAGAGCAGAGAUGAGGAAGCCGCCCCCACUCCUUCCGCUGGCUCCCCCACCCUCUUCAGGUUUAAAUCACAAUGGAGAUGCCUCACAUGCACUUUACAGAUGGGAGGGGGCCGCCAAGAGAACCCUCACUGCAAACUCAGGCGGCCCUCCAGCCAGCAGAGCCCACAGGGCUCUAAACACCGCAGGGGCACCGACAAGCACCGACAAGCGGCUGUUUCUCUUCUAUGUCUGUACUAUUUUCUUGGUUUUCCGUUUUCCUGGAAAAGAAAAGCUGUUUCAGGGGACAGGCUGGCCAGAGCCUGCCUUGGGGUCCAGGUAGGGGUGUGGGACCCUUUCCUACCAGGAAAGGAAAGGGAGGGAGAGGAACAGACCUGAUGUCAGCCUUCGCAGGCCACGCACUGUGUGAUUUCCUCCAACACCACCGUCCCACCCCACCCCUUUUAUUUUUUCUGAGCUUGGGGUAUUUAUAGACUUAAUUUUCUGACUGAGCCAGUAGUGGUUGGGAAUCUCUUGAAAAAUCAGGAGAGAAAUGGCUGGGGGCUGGGGGAAAUGCCCCCAGCCCUCCUUUCAGGUCCAACCUGAGGGAUCUGGGCCUGUGGGCUGUCUGGGGGGCCCUCCAGCAGCCAGGAGGGGAGGGGGUGCUGAGCUGUGAAUCCCCUAGUAGGGGCAACGCUGUGUAGCAUUAACCCCUGGGUGGGGAGGUUCGCUGCUGGUCUAAUUUGGAACCUCCCCAUUCAUGCCCAUACCCCAGGGGUCUUUAGCCCCCACAGCAGACAGAGACACGGCCACCCAUUCCCCAAUUGGGGCCAUUUCAAUGGGGGUGGAGUUUUUCAUUCACUUGUUUUUUUUUUUUUUUUUAUGGAUAAUUGGAGAUGUUUGGGCCUUCCCCACACACCUGUCUCAAUUGGGCCCCACCUGUCUGUCCUGCUCUACACCCUACUUUCUGCCUGUCCCCCUCCCUUUGUUCUACUUGUAGGUGAACCCCAGGUCCUCACCUCUCAUUAGAUGUGAACAUCAUUGUUAACUGUAGCUCUGUAAAAUUUUUUGUGUGGGGGGGGUGGGCAGGGAGGGGUCAGGGUUAGGGAUUCCAGGAUUUGUUUUCAUUUUCCAAAAAAGAAAAAAGGGGCGGGUUUGUUUUUGAACAACUGUCUUGGAUAUACCUAUUUAAAUGUGUUCUCUUUUGUUUUUUUUAACGAUUUUUAAAUAAUGUCUAUGCCUCUGCCGGUCUGAUGGUGGAGGCCCCAGGCAGGAAUCGGCCCCUCCCACCCCACUGCCCUCUCCAGGGUCCCCCGCAAGAAAGCAUUAUCUGCCCUGGGGGUGGGGUCGGGUUGUGAGGUGUCCCAGCACCUUGCUUGAGUUUCCUGUAUGAAAAUAAAAUUGGAAAAGAAAACACCGUGAUUUCAAGUAAUAAACAGAAAAUGAAACACGA